AUGCCUUCUUCUGGCCAGGCAGACCCCGGCGACGACCGCACUGGACACGCGGCCGACGCCGCGGCAGCGAGGAAUGCGUCGCCCUCCCCCUCGGGCGUGAGCGCACUCACGGCCGAUGAGCGCGAGACCACUGCCAAUGACCUGACUGUGGAGGAAAUGAACGCCAUGGCCGGCGAGGACGGCUUCCGCGCCGACGGCACGCGCUGCCGCGUGACGAACAAGGCGGGCUUCCUGUGCCACAUCGAGAUGGACGCGAUCUGGCAGCUGUCCGUGGCGGAGGUGGUGCAGAUCUUUAGCAACCCGUGCAACGCCGCGGUGUUCCGUGACAUCGCCGCCGUGCCGCACCGCGCCCAGCUGUACGACUUCGGCGGCGGGAACGAGGUCGUCGAGGUCGAGCAGCAGUCCGAAGUGCGGUUUCUGUGGGUUCGGAAGCGCUUCUCCACCCUAAUGCAUGUCCGCACAGUGCCGCCGAAGAGCCCCACGGACGGAGCGAGCAUGGAGGUGUGCCUCGCGGAGCCAGGCAUUCUCACGAAGUUCCACGGGAAGUGGAGCCUGCGCCCCGCGGACGGCCCGCGGGGGCCCAACACUGCAUGCAUCGGCACGCUGCAACAGGAGGUGCUGCCCGCCGGGAUCCCCGCCGGGGCGUCGCGCGUGCCGUUCGUGGGCCGGCUGCUGCGCGGGAUGUCGGUGCGGGCCAUCCGGCGCAUCAUUGAGGACAUGCGCAAGAUCGAGCGCCGCGUGCUCAAGGGGGAGGACAUCGCGAGCGUGCUGCGGCCGCCCGGUGCGGUGGAGGCGCCACUGGGCGGGCCGGACAGCGUGCGCGUGCGGGACUGCAAGGUCGCGCUUUCCAGCGACGACCUCGAGGUGCUGCGCAAGCAGGACGAGGCGGCACGGGAGGCAGGAGCCAGCAAGACACAGGGUGGCACGGGUCCGGGGAUCGCCGAUGCGCCUGCGCUGGUGUCCGUCCCCGUGCUCUCCGAUGUUGAGAUAUCGGACGACGACCAGGCGUAG